GACACACAGUACAUGAUCUGUCGUGCGACGCAAUUCCACUUGGCGUAAUAAAACAAAAGAAACUCCACCAUGUCAUAGGAACACGUUCCAACUCCAACGCACCGUUAUCACUUUCUUUUCUUUUCUUUUCCCUCAGAUCACAAAACCAACGCUAGCUCCAGUAACUUCCUUCGCUCUUUCUCUCUCUCCGUGAAUCAUGGAGAAGCCAAUCCACGGCGGCGACUACGACUACGACUACCUCUCCGGCUUCGGCAACCACUUCUCCUCCGAGGCGGUGGCCGGAGCUCUGCCGGCGGCGCAGAAUAGUCCUCUCAUCUGCCCCUACGGCCUCUACGCCGAGCAAAUCUCCGGCACCUCCUUCACUUCCCCUCGCAACCGCAACCUCUGCAGUUGGUUUUAUCGAAUCAAACCAUCAGUGACCCACGAACCGUUCAAGCCUAGGGUACCUAGUAAUGAGAGAAUUUUGAGUGAGUUCAACAACUCCAACAGUUCUACUAACCCAACUCAGCUUAGAUGGAAGCCCAUGGAUGCACCCGAUUCACCGACGGAUUUCAUUGAUGGGUUGUCCACCGUUUGUGGUUCUGGAAGCUCCUUCAUGCGCCAUGGAUAUGCUAUUCACAUGUACAAUGCCAACAAACCAAUGGACAACUGUGCCUUUUGCAAUGCCGAUGGUGACUUCUUGAUAGUUCCCCAACAAGGAAGACUCUUCAUCACUACUGAAUGUGGAAAGUUGAAAGUUUCCCCGGGUGAAAUUGCUAUACUACCUCAAGGUUUUCGUUUUUCUGUGAAUUUGCCUGAUGGUCCAUCCCGUGGUUAUGUUGCUGAAAUUUUCGGUACUCAUUUUCAACUUCCUGAUCUGGGACCAAUAGGUGCUAAUGGUCUUGCUGCGCCGAGGGAUUUCCUUGUUCCUACUGCAUGGUAUGAAGAUAAAUCUUAUCCUGGGUACACCAUAGUGCAGAAGUUUGGUGGUGAACUCUUUUCUGCAGUACAAGAUUUCUCUCCCUUCAAUGUUGUUGCAUGGCAUGGUAAUUAUGUUCCAUAUAAGUAUGAUUUAAGCAAAUUCUGCCCUUAUAAUACAGUUUUGUUCGAUCAUAGCGAUCCAUCAAUCAAUACUGUGUUGACAGCACCAACUGAUAAACCUGGAGUGGCAUUGCUUGAUUUUGUCAUUUUCCCACCCAGAUGGCUGGUGGCUGAGCACACUUUCCGGCCCCCAUAUUAUCAUCGCAAUUGCAUGAGUGAAUUUAUGGGCCUCAUUCAUGGUGGUUAUGAGGCCAAGGCUGACGGAUUUCUUCCCGGUGGUGCAAGUCUCCAUAACUGUAUGACUCCCCAUGGUCCUGAUACCAAGUCAUAUGAGGCUACCAUUGCACGAGGGAAUGAUGUCGGACCUCACAAGAUCACUGACACAAUGGCUUUUAUGUUUGAAUCUUGUUUGAUACCCCGUAUCACUCAAUGGGCUCUAGAAUCACCAUUCUUGGAUCCUGAUUAUUACCAGUGUUGGAUUGGCCUCAGAUCUCAUUUUACUGUUACCGAGACAUCUGAAAUCACGACCUUGCAGAAUGGACAGUGAGUAUGGUGUAUUUAGGCCCCCAACGUUGUCGAUGUUGUUGUCCAUAAAAAUAAGUAUAAUUAGAAAAUUGUAAUAUAGGUGUUAAAAGUGUGCUUAACCACAAAUGAGGGCAUAGUUCAGUUGGUUAAGUAAGAUGUUUGAGUAUUAUAAAGAGACUGUUUAUAUACAAGUUAUAAAUAUUUUUUUAAAGCUUUUUCUAUUAAAAA